GACUAGGAUCACGUGAGCGGACGACGAAAUCCUUAAAAGUAGGCAACGUUCCUUUUAUGAGUCACAGUCGGUGAACAUGCAGAGAAACAAGAAAUCUUUCUCAGUAGAAUCCUUGAUUUCACAUGUGGACSCGAACGAGAAACUCGAUGAUCAAAUCAUUACAAUGCCUCUUGGUUUAAAUCAAGAACCAGCUUUGCCAUCCACCUUUGUAGAAAACGAUCCAGAAUCGACGAGUGGUAAAGAAACCUCAACCUACGUAACGAUUGGCGACUUAAAACAGAGAAUCGAUAACGAAGAGUCCAGCCCCCAUCAAGGAACAUCAAGUAACGAAACGGCACGUACCAGACGAUACCGCACUGCYUUCACCAGGGAACAAUUAAACCGACUUGAGAAAGAGUUUCUAAGAGAAAAUUACGUGUCAAGGACCAGAAGAUGCGAGUUGGCCAAUUCUCUUAACUUAUCAGAAACAACUAUCAAGAUAUGGUUUCAAAACAGGCGAAUGAAGUCUAAAAGGCGGCGUAUGGCUCUUGGACUCAAAUCAGUUUCACCUUUAUGCUCUACGGGAUACAUGCCAGGAGGUGGCCCUCGUGCAGGUCCAUUUUACAGCGGGCUCCAUUACGUCCCUUGGUCGUAUCCCGUGAGUACCCCACUGUGGACGUCCCCUCACAGUGGCCAUUUUCUACAUAACGAUGCUUGUCACCAUGGUCACCAGAACCCACCCGUAACAACACACAGACCACAUGAAUCACGCCCUGUCACGUGCUUGUAUCCAUGGUCAACUAACCAAGAUACCAAUCAAGUAGAGUGAAAUAGAACUGUCUGUAAAUAGGAGCGGCUUUCACAUCUUGAUAUUGUAGAUAUCCCUAAUGGUGUCAAACAGUCCUUAUUGUGAACAGCUUGUCUAUUGAAUAGGCUUUGUUCAACCGUCACUUGUAAAUCAAUGGAAACACUCAAUAUCGCUGUCAUUGUACAUUCUCUGUCAAUUUUUCUAGUUCAUCAUGUAAAGUAUUGAAUAAAAUGAUGAUUGAUUUAGAUUAGAAAUGUCACUAGAUAGAAACACAGAAAUUAAUGGAUAAAAUAAAUAUACGAGAAUAAAAC